CUCUCACUUAUAUAGCCCUAAACUCGCCCGAAAUUAGAAGCCGCGUUUCAGCUAGCCCGGGCAGAGCAGAGCGCCAGGACCGAACCAGGGACAGCCGGACACUGCUCAGAGAAGAAAGAUGAUAAAACAGAUGCCCUUUUUCCACAGAAGUCCUGCCAAAGACAUCGACGAGCGUGGGUUUAAAGACAACGCAAGUGCAAAGCCUUCAACAUCCGAAUCGGAUCCCGACUCUGGGUCAAGUGAAUCGGCUGAAGAGGCUCAGAUAAAAAUCACCAUGAAAGGAAAAAACUGCAGACCGGUUCAGGACCUCCCCCUUGAAGCACCUGCAGAAAACAACGGGGUCUGCAACAAGACCAAAAAAGGAAUCUUGCGAGUACUCAAUGAUCAUAUAUUCAAACUAGGUCCAAUGAUAAGACCCAAAGGAAAACCUAACGAGACGGACCCCUCCAAGGAGCCUCCAUUGAAUGAAUUCAAGCCUGUCACAGUUGACCAGAUCAGAAAGCAAAUUGAGGACAUGCAGUUCUUUGAUGCUGCCCAGAAUCUCUUGGACAUGAAGAAGGGAACUUAUAGCAACUCCAGCUGUAAAAGUGAAGAGGAAAAGACAGGAAAUCAGGAUGAGAUUGAAGCUCUGCUCGAGGUUUUGAGGCAAGAGGUUUUCAGAGUUAUCCGCUUCUCCAUACGCUUAGCAUCAGCUGAUCCAGAGUUACUGCAGGAUGCAGUAAGAGCAAUCGUAGAACUGGUGAAGGAUGAGAGAUCUUUCUCUAAAGUUUCUGAUAGUUCACAACCCGGAAAAUGGGAAGAGGACUGGAGGAAGAUGGUUCAGGCAUCUGUCGCCGAGCGAAUGAAAGAGCCCCCGUUUGAUAAUAUGGAGGGCCUCUCUACCACCACUCGCUUCUUCCUGCACAUGGGAAAGACUAUGAAGUUGGAUCUCAUCAAAGUGGUACAGCAAAUUAAACCCCUUUACCCAGAGCAUUUCCAAGUAUGCAGCACUUAUGCCAAGUGCUACCACCACUACUUCUCUUCUCAGCUGGAGAUGAUUGCUCAGUUUGAGCUGGGCCAGAAGGACACUUACCACCUCCUCAACUGGGUGCAGAACCUUUAUCCAAACGAAAUAAAAAACCACCCUGAUUUAGUGAAAGAGCUGGACAAAGCCUGCCUUGGGGACCUUUUGCCACAAGAACGAAUCCGACAGUUUGAACAGACGUACGUGGCAAACCAAGUGGAUUCUGUUAAAUGCUACCUGCCCAAGUGUCUACAAACGGAAGUCAAAAACUGGACACAAGAGAAGGAACCUGGAAAAUUCCACAAUCAGUUUCACAGUGAACUACCAAUCGAUGUCAUCCGGAUUAUCUAUGGAAUAGAAAAGGAAGUGAAUGAGAUUUCACCAAACCUCAGCAAACAAAUGACAACAUUACUUCUGGAAGAGCUCUUUGCCUUUUUGCAAAGCUACAAGAAGGAGCUGGGAAUCUACAUCAGGGAGAACAAGCAGCACAAAUAUUUUGCAGCUACAAUCAUUGCAAAUAUUAACAAUUGUUUGAGUUUUCGAACCCACACGGAAAAAAGCACCGCAUCGGACAGUGUCAAAGAGAAGAUUUUUACUACACUCCGUGAAAUUCAAAGCAUCGGGUUUGAUGUGCUCCUUCAAGACUUGUUUCAAGAGCUGCAGCCUCUCUUUAAAACAUUUACCCAGAAGAAAUGGCGCUCUUGCGAAAGAACUAUAGAUGACAUCAUAGCAACCACUAGACAUCACACUUCCAUCUUCACGUCUCUCAAAGACCCUUUUCGCGAGGCGAUCAUGGGGAAAAUCCACCUCCACUUGGUCCGAGAGCACCUUGUAAGGCUCAUGAAGAAGAGAGCGUACUUCAAGACCCCAGAGGAGCAGAGCAAAUUAUCUGACCUCAUCCAAAGAAAUGCUUCCAUUCUGUGCACCUUUUGCAAAGAGAAUGGGUCCAAGGCUACAUGGUUGGAUUCUGCUCUCCCAAGCAUAGCUGAGAUCCUCAAGCUCCAAGAUACAAAUGCCAUCAAGAUUGAAGUUGGUGGACUGGCUAGUAGAUAUCCUGAUAUCAGCAAGAAGCACUUGACUGCCAUCUUGUACAUCAAGGGCAACUUAUCCAGCAGCGACUCAAAAAGCAUCCUGAGCAUGUUGGACAUUGGCGUACCAGCCACUCUCCCUCCGACAUCCUUGUUUACUCCUUAGACUUCUAUAGACGCAUGCCCAGUGCUGACUGACUGCUGCACUCAAAGUUGCCGUUCGUGGGGAGCCUGAAUACAGCAACUGCCCAGCAACUGAAUACAACACUUACCCAGAAACUAAUCCUGGGCUGUUGUUUCCCCCAACUGGCCCUGGUUCUGGAGAGGGUUCCAUAGGACUGCUUUCCACUGAGUCGAUCCAUUGGUCCAUCUAGCUCAGUUUUGUCUACUCUUGACUGGCAGCAGCCCUCAAAGGUUUCAGACAGGGGCCUUCCCCAGCCCUACUUGGUGAUGCCAUGGAUUGUACGUGGGACCUCUACCAUUGAGCUACGGACCCGGUCUCCCAAAUGGUUUGGGCCUUCCCAAGGUACAGCUUGGGUUGUGUGGCCGGUUGCCUUAAGGCUUUGCCAGAUAACAGCACCACCCUGUGGGGUCUCAGGCAUUUCCUUCACCGCCUCAGGCUUCCCAUCUCGAAAAUGGGGCCAGAUCCCGUUUUCUCACAUGGGUGGUACAGACAUGAUGCUGAAAGACUCCUUUGUUUUCUAUGGUUGAUUAAAGCACUUCCAAGGAAAGUGCUUUUGCUUUCUCCUCGAAGGGGGAAGAGCGAUUCCUUGCUUAAUUUGGAGGAGAAAACCAAGAGGGUUGGAGGGCUUAUCACAUUUCAAAUUAUGCUCCUGCUAGGAUUUUCAAGCUGAAACUCUCUGGAGUGGCUUCUUUUUGAAAUUCUCUUCUGGACUCCAGACAAAUCAUGGCGAUGAAAAGCAAAUACAGUUUUUUGCUGCAUUUGCAAUAUGGAUGAAUAGAGCCAGUUUUUCCUCAGCAGCUGGUGACAGCCAGUGUGGUUUCAUGGGAACUGAUGUGCUGCUGUGUUUAAAAUGCUGGACUCAUGCUGAAAUCCUUACACAAGCCCUGUUCAGACAUUAUGUUGUACCUGCAUUCAGAGGUCUGCACACAAACAUGUUUAUGUGAAUGGCUGUACCUGUGUUCAUUUGAAAAGUGAAGCUGAGUAAUGCCCCCUCAAAUGCAGGGUACAGGUAGAAAGUGCCUGUGUUCAAUAUAACAUGUGAAAGUUCCAGCUGUGCCUGUGUUCAGUAUAACAUGUGGAUCACUGCACCUGUGUACACUAUACACAGAUUGUAAUGAGUGCUCAACAUAAUGAGGCUAUUCACAUGGCCGCUCGAAAGCGGGCUAAGGGAGCCCGGCCCGCUUUCGAGGGGUCGUGAGAACCUCCAGGAGCAGUGAGGCUCCCGGCUUCUAACCCGCUUAAGCCCCCCCCCCAUGAGAUUAGUGGAGCAAGCGCUCUGCUAACCCCCUUUUCCUGACCGUGAGUCACCACGGUCUCCCCAGAAUGCCCUGUGCACUUGUGUGGGGCAUUCUGGGACAUAUGGGGGCCAGGUGGCCCCCUGAUCCCUGCCGCCCCUACUGGCUCCGUGACGGAGACAGUAGUCAUGUGGGUGGCCGAUCUGGCCACCCAGGGGUAGCUGGAUGAUUAUCUGCAGGGAGAGCAGUUCAAGCCGCUCUCCCAGCAGAAGCCCUGUAGAGCCCUGCAGGCUAAUCGGAAACAAAUGGGAUAUUUGGGUAUCCCGUGUAUACUGCUUGGAGCAAAAGCAGGAUAUAAAUGUUAAUAAUAGUAUGGAUGUUUCUGUAACACAAUUGUAAAUGUAAACAUGCUUCUGUAUAUACUGUGCUUCAAUUUAGACUUUUUUGGCUCGUCAGAUCCAUGUGCUCAUAACAAUGUUUUGAUAUCCAGCUGUUGUUGUUUUCUACUUGACAUGUUCCUCUAAAAUAAAUAAAUAUGUUUUCAUAAUA